GAAAGGUAGAGAGAAACAAAGGCCAGGCCCAUGAAUAUCAGAAAAUGAAUAAAGAAAGUCCAGAGUUGAUUGAUUUGAUUGUGGUUUCGGCCUGCAACUUCUUCUUCCCCUCGCCUGAACUUGAAGGAUGAUCACGACCCACCACCAUGGACGGACCAUUUCAGACUCCGAUUCCAAUUCCGAUGAUGACAACGCCGGAUCUGAACCCCUCCGUCAUCUUGAUCUCUCCGAUUCCAUUUUCAAAGCCUAUUUCGAGUUCACCGGCCGAUCUACCACCACCGCCGACCUUUCUAAGAUCCAAUCCUUCCUCACCUCCUCCUCCUCCGGCGCCUUGUCCUGCUUGAUAUGCCUCGAGCGCAUCAGGCUCUCCGACCCCACUUGGUCCUGUUCUUCACUCUGUUUUGCCGUCUUCCAUCUUUUCUGCAUUCAGAGUUGGGCUCGYCAGGCUUCGGACUUGGCCGCCGCCCGGGCUGCCACGCGCGCUCUCGUCUCCCCUGAUAACCCUGACGAGCACUCUGGGUGGAACUGUCCCAAAUGCAGAGGUGAGUAUUCCAAAUCUUCGAUCCCUAAGAGGUACUUCUGUUUUUGUGGGAAAUUGGAAAACCCGCCAAGCGAUGAUCCAUGGAUUUUACCCCAUUCCUGCGGUGAGGUAUGCGGAAGGCCAUUGAAACACAAUUGUGGUCACCAUUGCCUGCUCCUGUGCCACCCCGGUCCCUGCCCCUCAUGCCCAAAGAUAGUACAGGCGAGUUGCUAUUGUGGGUCAGUUCAGGACGCGCGACGGUGUGGGUUUAAGAAUUUUUCUUGUAACAAUGUUUGCUCGAAAGCGUUGGAUUGUGGGAGGCACAAGUGCGUGGAAAUUUGCCACGACGGUUCUUGUCCCCCGUGUCGCAUUCAAGGUGUAUUUAAAUGUCAAUGUGGGAAGACCAUGGAGAAGAGGGAAUGCUGGGAUCGGAAUUUUCGUUGUGAUAAUGAAUGCAAUAAGUUGCUGGGAUGUGGGAAACAUUCUUGCAAUGAAGGGUGUCACUCUGGAGAGUGUGGGCAGUGUCCGUUUAAGGGGAGAAGAACUUGCCCUUGUGGGAAGAAAGCACAUGAAGGAAUGCCUUGUGAUGUUGCUGUUCCAUUGUGUGGGGCCACUUGUGAUAAGAUGCUUGCUUGUGGCUUCCAUAGGUGUCCAGAGCGAUGUCACCGCGGCCCAUGUAUUGGAACUUGCAGAAUUGUUGUCUUCAAGUCCUGCAGGUGUGGAAGCUUGAGGAAAGAGAUUCCUUGCUAUCAAGAUUUGGCAUGUGAGAGGAAAUGCCAGAGAAUGCGAGACUGUGGACGCCAUGCUUGUAGACGCCGCUGCUGUGAUGGUGACUGCCCGCCCUGCUCAGAGAUCUGUGGCAGGAGGCUGCGAUGUAAGAACCACAAAUGUCCCUCCCCAUGUCAUAGAGGUCCUUGCGCUCCUUGUCCAGUGAUGGUAACAAUAUCGUGUGCAUGUGGCGAGACACACUUUGAGGUUCCUUGCGGCACUGAGAUGGAUCAAAAGCCUCCAAAAUGUCCUAAACGGUGUCUUGUUUCACCUCUAUGCAGUCAUAGAUUAAGUCUAAAGCCACACAAAUGCCACUAUGGAGCAUGUCCCCCAUGUCGCAGGAUUUGUGAAGAAGAAUAUCCAUGUGGUCAUAAAUGCCAAUUAAGAUGCCAUGGUCCUAAGCCUCCUCCAAAACCAGAAUAUACAUUGAAACCAAAGAAAAAGAAGGCAUUUCAUCCAGAGGAACCCACUCCUGGUUCUCUAUGUCCUCCGUGCCCAGAGUUAGUGUGGAGGCCGUGCAUUGGUCAACACAUCGGUGCUGAGAGAAUGAUGGUCUGCUCAAAUAGGACACUAUUUUCUUGUGAUAAUUUGUGUGGAAAUCCUCUCCCCUGUACCAAUCAUUAUUGUACCAAAAUUUGUCACGCGCUCAAGAGCCAACAACAUCCAUCAUCAUCCCUACGAGACUUGAGCGAGCCUUGCGAAAAGUGUAAUCUUCCUUGUGAAAAGGAGAGGAAGCCAAAAUGUGCACAUCCAUGUCCCUUAAAGUGCCAUCCUGGAGAUUGUCCCCCUUGCAAAGUGCUUCUGAAACGUUCAUGUCACUGCAGUUCAAUGGUCCAUGUUUUUGAGUGUAUGUAUUACAUUAGUUUGUCCCAGGAGAAGCAAAUGGCUGUACGGUCAUGCGGUGGACCUUGCCACAGAAAGUUGCCCUACUGCACGCAUCUAUGCCCAGAAACUUGUCAUCCUGGGGAAUGCCCAGCACCGGAUAACUGUUCAAAGAAGGUUACUGUUCGUUGCGGAUGCCAAACCUUGAAAAAAGAGUGGCUAUGUAAGGAUGUGCAAGCAGCCUAUCGCAAAGCCACUCGUGACCCGAAAGACAUACCGAAAACCCAAUAUGGGUAUGGGCUUUUACCUUGUGGUUCUGACUGCAAAAGUAAAGUACAGGCUGUUGAGUCGGAAUUAUCUCAUCGGAAACCUGAAGUCGUUGGGGCGAAGGAGCUGGACACGAAAAAGCAAGUACCAAAGCGAAAAAGAAGGCGUGACUCGGUGCAAGAAGUUGAGCAGAUCUCAAGAUUACAGAAAUUCUUUGCCGCAUUGAAGUAUAUUCUUCUAUUAGUCGUUCUCUUGAUCGCCGUCGUCUCGAUAUCAUCAUAUGGUUACAAGGGCUUGUUAUGGCUCAACGACUGGAUGAAUGAAGCUGAAAAGCAGAGACAGAGGAGGUACCCUCGAAUCUAAUGUCUCAACUCAAUGUUCUUCUUAACUUAGAAGUCUUUCAUGAAAAUUUAUACUCGCUUUGUUUAUAUCCCGAACUUACAUUUUUGAGUUUGUACAAAAGAGGAUAUUAGCAUGAUUUCUUCCUCUGUUUUAAACAUUCUUUAGCUUUUCUUUGUGGAAAAGCUUGUAGUAGAGCUCUGUAAUGAAUUGUUUUAUGGAUAAUAAUGUAAUUUCUGCCCUUUAU